UAAGUCAGUCAGUCUACUCAGAGAAUGAGAGAGAGAAAGAGCUUCUUUUUAUAGCAAAACUGAUUCUUUUUUUCUCUCUUUCUACAAAACAGUCCUGUUGGUGGGUUAUAGUUUGUGUUGGAUGAAUCUUCAACACCACUACUACUACAACUGAAAGUUAAUCCAAAUACCCCAACAACAACUUAGAAGAAAACAGAAGAAGAUCAAGAAAAUAAGAAUAAUGGCAAGAGAGAAGAUUCAGAUCAAGAAGAUAGAUAAUACAACAGCUAGACAGGUGACUUUCUCAAAGAGAAGAAGAGGGCUUUUUAAGAAAGCUGAAGAGCUUUCUGUUCUUUGUGAUGCUGAGGUUGCUCUCAUCAUCUUCUCAGCCACUGGCAAACUCUUUGAAUACUCUAGCUCAAGCAUGAAGGAUAUACUCGAAAGACACAAUCUACAUUCUAAGAAUCUUCAAAAAAUGGCUCAGCCGUCCCUCGAACUGCAGCUAGAAAACAGUAGCUAUGCGAGGUUGAGCAAGGAAGUUGUAGAGAAGAGCCAUCAAUUGAGGCAGAUGAGAGGAGAAGAACUCCGUGGUUUGAACAUUGAAGAUUUACAACAGCUAGAGAAAUCACUUGAAGCAGGAUUAAGCCGAGUUCUUGAAACAAAGGGUGAACGAAUAAUGAAGGAAAUCGACACCUUACAAAGAAAGGGAUGUCAGCUGAUGGAGGAGAAUGAACGACUACGGCAUCAGAUAUUAGGGAAAUCUAAGAGCAGGAAAGAGGCCGGUGGCGUUGAUUCUUCCUCCCAAAAUGUGGUCCUUAAUGAAGAAGCAGGCCAAUCUUCAGAUUCUGUCUCCAACGUCGUUGUUUGCAACAACUCGCCGACUAGUGGUCCUCCUCCUCCUCCUCGGGACUAUGACAGUUCCGAUACCUCUCUCAAGUUGGGGUUACCCUUCUCUAGCUAGGCCAUAUGUGAUGUUGAUGGAGAUACAACGAAGAUGGAUGGAUAUGAUUAUGCUCGUCAAAUAAAGUUAUUAUAUAUAUUAAGCAGGAGAAAUUGUGAUCGGAAAUGAAAUAUUCAUAUGAAAACUUGUUAAUUAGGGUUUUCAUUCAAUUUCAAUUUGAUGAACCAAACAAUUCUUAAGAUCAAAACGAACCUGUGCGCACUAUACUGGCUUCCUAGCUAGGUAUUGUACUGUUGUUGUAUAUUAAUGCUGCAUGUAUGAAGUAGCAUAAAUUAAUGAGCCAUGGUGUGUAACUUGUAUGUCU